CUGACAGGUUGUAGAUGAUAUCUACAGUGAUAUGUACUUUUGAUAGGGGCUCGAGGGCAGAUUAGGGGUUCUGGCCGGGACUACGGCGUCGUCCCGGCCUUCACCGUCACCGGGGCGACCAGAUUCUGACAUUGAAGGGCCAAGGUUUCUUCCCGAGUCCAAUCUUCGGACGACCACCCCACAUCGACCGAGUCCGUUCCUUCCUCCUGCCGGGCCGUCCUGAGUUUCUACCUGAUCUUGAUACAGCCAUUGACCAAUGACCUUGGUCGCAUGUGUUUCGAAAAAAAUAUUUUCCACAAUCGCUCCUCGUGCCAGCUCCCCGCCGGACAAUCACAAUAGAUACCCCACCGGUCUGAAUAGGCCAGAAUAGUAAACAACCCACCCUAUUGCUUGCUAUUGUCGCGUUAUUCGCAUCAUUGCACCAAAAUGGACCGAGUCCAAGAUUGGGUCACCGAUCUUCCUACUCCCGGAGUUAUUGCUGCCCCCUUACCUAGCCCCGUCGCGAGCAACAUUUCCCUCUCUUCAGGCAAAUCGAAUCCCCCUCCGCUGCGAAGAAAAGGACACAUCACGCCUGACCUCCUCCCUGACAAGACUUAUCACCAGCAUCAUCAUCAUCCUUCGGAACAAAACACGAAGGUAUCCCAACAACAGCAACCGUCCAUCACGACGCGUCAACCCCCGCCGGAUAUAACUAAUAUCCCGUCAGUCACUCGACCAUCUUUCGACAUUGCUUCUUGCCAGCAAAACAACGAGCUCACCAUGUAUGCACACGACAGCAAGGCCAUUCGUGGCAAUUUUAUUCCCGUCUCCAAGUCGAUGGGCGGUCGCAGUCGCUCCCCUACCCUUGAGCACACAGGUUACCCUUCUCAGAAAUCCCAACAUUUCUUGCAGCUCAGCUUGACCGAAUCCCAGAUGCAAAAGCUGGCCAAAGUAAGCCUCUCCGAAGAUGGCGAUACGGAGCCAGAAUCUCGCGGCCGCCAGGCUCCUCAGCCUGAAGUUUAUCAAUCCGAGGUCGCUGACUCAGUCAAGCCCAAGGCCAAGGAGCACAAGACACUCAAGCAGAGAUUCAGAUCUCUUUCUCCCGCGAAGAGAAGAAAGAACCAGCAAGAGGCGGUCGCCACCCCUCCCAGACAGCGCUCGCCUUCGCCCGUCAGAAGAGGCACGGGUCUGAAGACCUCCGAGCAGCGUCGGCUUGGUUACGACUCCGACUCUUACCAGUCGCCUCAACCUGCCAGCAAGCAGAGUGACAGUAAGCAGAGGCAGUUCCAUCAACACCAGGUCUCGUGGGAUCAGCGGUACGAUUCCCCCAAGCCUAUGAGCAGACAGAGGCAGCAGCAAGACCACCACCAGCAACAGCAGCAAUGCAUGUCUCCUCAGUCCGCUAGCAGACAGAGACAAGAACAUCAGAAACAGCAACUUGCUGCCGACACUGCUACCGAGGCAGCUGCGUUCCGCUUGGCUUCUCCGUCUCCUUCUAGGCGUCGCCAAGAUCGUGUCCCUCUUGCUCCCAUCGACACCGACAUUGCUCGUCUCCACGCCAAGGUCACGGCCCAGCGUGAACCCAUCGUCAUCCAUUACUCUCCCGAGCCCGAGGCGCGAGUGGCUUCCCAGGCUGUUCAGAUUGUAGCCACCGACAAGUCCUCCGUCUACUCCCAGGAGCAAGAGCAGGCUCCCGCUCCCGACCCUCGCUUCCGCUCCCAGAUCAGUCCUCUACAUGUCGUCAAGGACAACAAAGAGAACGACAGCGCAUACUCCCAGACUCUCAGCAUCCUCCAGGACUACGGUAACUGGAGCAACUGGGUCAACUCCGAGUCUGUCCAGAACAACCAGGGCUCAGAAGUCCCUCGCGCCCCCACCAAGUUAUCCAACCACAGCGCCGACCGCCCUGGCACCGGCCAAGGAACCAACCAGUCUUCCUCAAACGGAGCCACAGACGACUUCCACUACUCAGCUCUGACUCCUCUCUUUCCAGUCCACAAUAUCAACGACCCCAACCGCAACAUCCGCAUGGCUUCCAAGACGUUGAUCGGCGAAAACGGCUGGUUGGAGUCUACCUCCCGUCCCUCGGACGCCCAGAACCCGAAACAACCCAACGCCGCCGCCGCCAACGGCCCCAACAAGAAACCCUCAACCGCCGCUCCCGUCCGCAAAACCGGAUUCCUCGACAACCUCGUCAAAAAAGCCAAAGAUUUUGUCUCCGCCCCGCUCCCCGAGCAGGGCAACAACAACCAACGCUCCUCCCACGACUCCAACAAGCCCCACUCCCCGCGCACCUUACAAAUCAGUCUCACCCCCCGCGAGCAAUCGCUGCUCUACUGCGAACUCGAGUUCCUGCUCUCGACCCUCCUAAACACCUACAUAACCACCCAACUCUCGCUCGGCCUUCUCGACCUUAACAAAGCCCGCCGCAUCUCAGACACCUGGCAAUCCAAAGGCCGGCCCCGCGUCGUCUCCUUCCGGUACGACCUCGAAACACAGCUCGAUCUUGUCCGCUUACACGUCAACGACUUCAAGUUUUACGGCCCCGCGGCGGCCAACACCACUGCCAUCUUGGGCAUCGUCGACGGCGCCAAGACGGAUGCAAGAGCGAUGCGCAUCAGGACAUUUUGCCAGCCGGACACGGUAGUGGCCAAGCAGCUUGUUGGAGCGCGGGCGCUGUGCGGACUUUUAGGUGCCGGAGAGACGGAGGAGAGGAAGUUGGGGGAGUGUAUUGGUUUUUUCAGGGCGGUGGUGGAGAGGGAGGUGCAGAGGGGGAUGGUUGAGGUCGCUGCUGCUGGUAAUGGUGGUAAUGGUGGUGAUGAGACGACGAUGAAUGAACAACAACAACAACAGCAGAGGGAGUCGGGAAAUACUACAACUUCGGGUGAUGGUAUUUGGGUUGGUGGUGCGCCGCAGUAUCAGGGCCCGCCGUCGCCGAUUCCGGAACGGGAUAUGAACCACACGCAGACUCAGACUCAGAUCCAGACUCGGAGUCAGAGUCCAGUGAGACGUGGUGGCCAUUCAUCUGGUGAGUCGAACAAGUGGCAUCAGCAUCAGCAUCAGCAUCAACAUCAGCAUCGUCAACACAACACUGCUCCUGGCCAUCCCGGUGCCGGCGGUGGUCAUAACCAUGCGCUCUCUAGCCCGGUUCGGUUCACCACUUUUGCUGCUGCUACUGGUGGUGGUCACUUGAAGGGAUCGGCGUCGCAGGGAAUCAUCAAGAUGGAUCCGAGCGCGUAUGAGGAGGAUGUUCAUCCGGGUUCCAAGAUCUUUUGA